CCGCGGCCAACCUUUUCUCUGAACUAUCGUCUCGCGUUUAUCAGACCCCAUCUACGAUGAGCAGCCUCCGAUUGCUAGAUCAUGAUCGAGAGGACGAUGGUGCAGAAGUUACUUGGGAAGAUCAACAACGAAUAAGCACCUUCUCGAAGCUGAAUACCCGACUAAGAAGUAUAAACGAGAAAUUGGAACACCUCAAACAAGAGAAGGAGGCAUUAGAUGAUCUGUCGACAGAAUUAGAGCUUGCAGACGAAGAUGAACUUAUUUUAUACAAAAUCGGGGAAGCAUUUCUUCAUAUGUCGCAUACAAAAGCUCUCGGACGCCUGGAGCAAGACCAAUCAGAGAUAGAUUCGAGGGUAUCCUCGCUGUCGGACCAAGCCGACGAAUGCGAGAAGGAGAUGAAGCAGCUCAAAGUCACUCUAUAUGCUAAGUUCGGGAAAGCAAUCAACCUGGAUGACUGAUAACGUAUUUGAAAAGAAAUCAUAGUUGUAAUAUAGAUUGCUUCAAACCGCGAAGAGCAGCUGAA